CUCAUGAAGUCGGCCAUUCCACCAAUCACACACAAGGAAUAGUUGGCGGGAGUGGAAGGGGAGGAACAUUGGAAUGUAUUAUUCACGAAUCAGAACUAGGUACGUUUUUGACAACUGGUUUGUGUACAAGAUAAUGGCGUCAACUGUUGCAGUGCCCGUCGCCCCCACAGUGUCGGACCCAGAGCGGUGUGAAGGCGAGGAAGAGUUACGGGGGAUUGAGGCUGGGGAAGAGAAUAACCAACUGACUGGGCCCGUUGCAGCACCCUCCCAGAACCGUCUAGCGAAGUUACCGCUUUCCCGUAUCAAGGCACUGAUGAAAGCGGACCCAGACGUGUCCCUCGCCAGUCAAGAGUCAGUGUUUAUCAUUGCUAAAGCCACAGAACUCUUUGUUGAAAUGAUUGCCAAAGAUGCCCUGGUGUAUGCCCAGCAAGGAAAGAGGAAAACUUUGCAGAGGAAAGAUUUAGACAAUGCAAUAGAGACCGUAGAUGAGUUUGCCUUUUUGGAAGGCACUCUAGACGCCUAGACACACUCAGGAGACAGCAGGCAGUUCAAGAAUCAGAGGCAUUCUUCAUCAUAAGGAUAAGAGGCAUUUGAAAAACAGACUGACCUGUCUUACUUUUGAAGUGAUAUCGCUGAGUUGGUAUUGGUCACAAGGACUUUCCUUCCUGGACAUGUAUAAACUGUAAAGACAUCAGUAAUGAUCCUCCCUCAGUUAGUCUUGUAUGCAAGGAGUCUGCCAUUUUUUUAUUUGUAAAUAAUGUGAGAUUAUGUUGAAAUAAAUCAUAUCAUCGUGUAUUAACCUGAUCAUUUAUAGUUUUAAUAAAAUACGUUUUAUUAGGAACUCUUAUUUUUUAAAAGUUGUGUCAGAAAUAAAUCCAUCCUCACUAGUAUACCAUAGUGUCAACUGUUUAGGCAACAACUACACAUUUUCCAUUGUGAGGAAAAAACAGUUGAAGUUGGAAGUUUACGUACACCUUAGCCAAAUACAUUUAAACUCAGUGUUUCACAAUUCCUGACAUUUAAUCCUAGUAAGAAUUCCCUGUCUUAGGUCAGUUAGGAUCACCACUUUAUUUUAAGAAUGUGAAAUGUCAGAAUAAUAGUAGAGAGAAUGAUUUAUUUCAGAUUUGAUUUGUUUCAUUACAUUCCCAGUGGGUUAGAAUACACUCAAUUAGUAUUUGGUAGCAUUGCCUUUAAAUUGUUUAACUUGGGUCAAAUGUUUUGGGUUAACUUCCACAAGCUUCCCACAAUAAAUUGGGUGAAUUUUGUCCCAUUCCUCCUGACA